GUGUUCUGGCAAAUGACCAUAAAAUCGUAAUGGUACUGGGCAAAGGCAUAAUCCGACAUUGUGUUUUGACAAAGGCCAUAAAAUGACGAUGUCUUGUAACCAAUUUUGCCUUUUAUUUUUGUUGUUCAGCAGGAACGCACUCUGCUAGUCACCAAUCGUCCAAAUCUUUGGUAGUGGUCGGUAACUCGGUAUCCUUUUGCAGAUCGGUUUGCAGCCUUGCUAACUCGGAGCCGGAAUAACCCCUGUCCCCUCUGAGCAAUCCUCUGUUUUGUUAUUAGCGCGCGGCAGGUAUCGCUGUAAUAAGCUGCCGGGAUCACCAAAUCAUUAGCAAGGAGCUGGAGAAUCGAUGGAGCAAGCUUCUGUUUCUCCGGAAUUUCCAGCUCCAACCGUGUUUGCUUAUCCGCAUAUUUGGCACGCUUGAUAUCCCAGAUCUUUUCAGCUCCGGUGCCGUCUGCCGAUCCUGGCUCCCCAAUUAUCUCGUGGUCCGCCGGCUCCGGCUCUGGUCGCCGAAUCAAAGCCCGUGCCUUGUUUAUUCAUCCGGCGACCGUGAAGCUAACACGGCCACUCUGCACAAUCUGUCCACCAACAAGCUCUACCACAUCACCCUCACAGAGCCUGCCUUCCGCAGCCGCUACGUCAUGGGCUCCUCCCACGGCUGGCUCAUCACUGCCGACGAGCAGUCAAAUCUGAUCUUUGUUAACCCUGCCACUCUUGCUCAGAUCGCCAUGCCUCCACCUGAAACCAUGAGGAAUGUCAGACUUCGUUACAAUGCAGAAGGCGAGCUGGAUGGCUAUGACCUUCUUUACAUGGAUCUGUCGUCGCGGGAUUUCGAUACAAAAACCGAGCCAGAUGAUGACCUUUCACUGGAAGAAGGACGCUUCUACUUCUAUGUGAGGGUCGCCAUAUCCUGUGAUCCAUCUAGUGGAAAUUGUAUUGUGCUUCGUGUGCAUUUGCCAGGUUAUCAGUUGUCCUAUGCCAGGGUGGGGGACACCGCGUGGACAUGGAUUGAUACUGAUACAGAAUGCUGGGACUACCAUGGCAUUAUACAUAGUGGCCAUGAUGGCUUGUUCUAUGCUCUACGUGGUAAUGGUACGGUCCAUUCUAUUGAUCUUAAUGGACCCUCUCCUGUGGUAAAGGUCAUAUUGAAACAGAUGGUACCCUAUAUAAACAGCAAUAAGUACAUUGCUCGAGCACCGUGGGGAGAUUUCUAUCAGAUAUGGAGGCAUGAUGACUUUAGUGCGGAGAAAGACGGCAAGGUGACAUCCAAAAAUUUUGUGUACAAGAUUGACUUUGUUGGACAAAAGCUUGUCCAAGUAAAUAGCCUCCGAGAUCAUGCGUUGUUCAUUGGUUUCAAUUCUCCAUUCUUUGUUCCAGUGAAAGAUUUCUGCAUGUUGAUUCCAAACAGCAUCUACUAUACAGAUGACCUGCAUUAUUAUAUCUUCUGCCAUAGAAUUAGUCUUCGGGAGGUUGUCGUAUUCAAUAUGGAAGAUAACAGUUUCACUGAUUUGUCGCUCCCCAACUCACGAUUGAAUGGGCCACCACCAGUUUGGAUUCGACCAUCACUUACUUGAGAUAUUUGAACAACCUGGUGAAUGGACCUUUUUAUUCAGGCCUUCAAAUUAAAUAAUCUGGUUGUGUAUGGAGG